CGCCAAUAAAUGCUAUAGGAAGAAGUCCGCCAUGUUCACUCUGUUGCACCACUGUAGUCGUAACCUACUGACUUUGAGGACUGUUCAGGCUGUGAAUAAAAGUUAUUACUCAACACAGAUGGGUAAACGCGUGGCUGUAGUGUUGGCGGGUUGCGGAGUUUUUGACGGCAGUGAGAUUCACGAAGCUUCUGCUAUUCUGGUUCACCUGAGCAGAGGAGGUGCAAGUGUAAACAUCUUUGCCCCCAACAUUGACCAGAUGCAUGUGGUGGAUCAUCUGAAAGGUGAACCAUCUCAGGAGAAGAGAAACGUGUUGGUGGAGAGUGCCAGGCUGGCCCGUGGAAACAUUCAGAAUCUGUCUAAACUCAGUGUCAGUGACCAUGAUGCUGUUAUAUUCCCAGGUGGUUUUGGAGCAGCAAAGAACCUGUGUACCUGGGCAGUGCAAGGGAAGGACUGCUCCGUUAACGAUGAAGUUAAAGCCACGUUGCAGGCGUUCCACAGUGCGGGCAAACCCAUUGGCCUCUGCUGCAUCUCACCUGUCCUGGCUGCCAAGGUGUUUCCUGGGUGUGAGGUCACCGUUGGUGUUGAGAAAGAUGACAAGUACCCCGACACUGCUGACACUGCAGCGGCCAUCAACCAGCUGGGCUGCAAACACGUGUGCAAGAGCGUCAGUCAGAGCCACGUGGAUGAGAAGAACAAGCUGGUCACCACCUGCGCCUUCAUGUGCAAAGCUCCAAUCCAUGAGGUAUUCGAUGGGAUCGGAUCGAUGGUCCAGGAUGUGCUAAAACUCGCUUGAUUGGACUGGCACUCGGCGGUGGACAGGAAGAAAAGAAAUGGCGGGCUGUCGUUUUAACGAGUUCGUUGGUAAAUGUCUGCUGCAUCAGUGUUGAAGUGAUUAUAGAAUGAUCCUCAUUAAAAGCACUUUCAGAUAUUCUUACAAAAUAUGUUUGAAGAAGUAACGUGCACUGUAUGUUACAACCUUUUCGGUGUAGCUUUUAUUUGACAAUAAUCUCAGUUUAAUCUUUUUCGAUUGUAUUUUGAUGCAAUGGAUCCAUCUCAUGAUGACGGCAAUAAUCAAAAGUUUGGAAAAGUUUGUAGCAAUGUACAAAAGAAAUGCAAUAAAAUGAAAGUGUUUAGUUCACUUUA